AUGCCCAUAAAACGGCCUGACAAUGGGGGCAAGCUUGCAAUCAGGCAGGUAAGGCUUCUCGUCAACCAUUUUCCUGUCAGUUUUGAUCCAGAGAGGACGGUAUUCCACUACGACGUGGAUGUUAAACCAGAUAUGUCCCCACACAAUUGUUCUGCAAAGAAAUCAAUUUCGAAAUCUGUUCUGCGUUUGAUAAAGGACAAACUAUUCUCUGAUGAUCCAAUGCGAUUUCCUCUGAACAUGACUACUUUUGAUGGCAAGAAGAACAUUUACAGUGCUGUGCCAUUGCCCAUGGGGAAUUUCAAGGUGGAAUUGUCUCGCGGGGAAGAGAUGAAGAGCCGCUCCUAUAUAUUGACAGUUAAGUUAGUAAACGAGCUGAAGUUUAACACGCUAGAGGAUUACUUGAGCGGAAACCUUUCGUGUAUCCCUCGUGAUAUACUACAGGGGAUGGAUUUGAUAAUGAAUGAGAAUCUGUCGUUUAGAGGCUCUCAACAUAGCAUAAAGCUCACCUCCCAGCGUCCAGGCUUAUGUUUGGACUCUUCAGUUAUGGCAUUGCGUAAACGAUUGCCGGUCAUAGACUUCCUUAUGGAGCAUUUUCGGGGUUCCGAGAAUCAAAAUACAGGAGAUCUUAAAUUCAUUCUUGAAGAUCCAGAGGGGAAGCAUCCACCAAGGGAAAUUGGUCUUAUCCAAUAUUUCAGGGAGAAAUAUAGGACGGAAAUUAUGUACAAGGAUAUUCCCUGUCUAGACUUGCGGAGAUGUGAUCGAAAAAAUUAUGUGCCUAUGGAAUUCUGUACUUUGGUGGAGGGGCAAAGGUACCCGAAGGAGGACUUGGAUAGAGACUCACGCCUGUUAUUGAAGGAAAAAUUAACGCCUCCACAAAGGAAAAACAUUAUCUGUGAGAUGGUGCAGGCUGAAGAUGGACCUUGUGGAGAUGUUGCUCAAAAUUUUGGAAUUGUAGUUGACACUACCAUGACAAGAGAACUUGGUCGUGUCAUUGAACCACCUACUUUAAAAGUUGGCAAUGGGAAUAUGGUAAGAGUUGACAGGGAGGACUGUCAAUAUAACCUCGUUGGUAAAUCUGUGGUGGAAGGCAAGCCAGUCAAGCGAUGGGCCUUGAUAGAUUGCAGUUCAGAUGAUCGUUAUAAUAAACUGAAUUCUGGUGUUUUCAUUCAGAAUCUUAGAAAUAGAUGUAGAAGUCUAGGCGUCUGCAUGGAGGAACCUGUUUUGUGCCGUUUCACUGGCAUGCAUGAAUUCUCUGGUGUCGGAGCAAUUCAAGAACUUCUUGCAAGUGUGGUUAAGGAGGCUAAUGGGAAAUGCAAGGGCCGGUUACAAAUUAUUGUUUGUGUGAUGACCAUGAAGCAUCCUGGAAAAAAGUACCUUAAAUGGGUCUCUGAGACUCAGAUUGGGGUAUUGACUCAAUGUUGCUUGUCCAGUUAUGCCAACAAAGGGAAUGAUCAGUGUUAUGCUAAGGUUUCUCUCAAGAUUAAUGCCAAGCUUGGGGGUAGUAAUGUCGAACUAAUUGAACGACUCCCCUGUUUUGAGGGUGAAGAACAUGUUAUGCUUGUGGGGGCAGAUGUCAAUCACCCUGAUGCGUGGAAUGCAACAUGUCCAUCAAUCGCCGCGGUUGUUGCGACAAUGAAUCCAGCUGCCAAUCGUUAUGCUGCAAGGGUUCGUCCCCAGGAACACCGAAAGGAGAAGAUUCUGAAUUUUGGGACCAUGUGUUUGGAUCUAAUCAACACCUAUGAUCGGCUUAACAAAACCAAGCCAACAAAAAUUCUUAUAUUUCGUGAUGGGGUAAGUGAAGGCCAAUUUGAAAUGGUUCUUAACGAAGAAUUACUUGAUAUAAAGAGGGCUAUAUGCACUGAAGAUUACCACCCAACAAUCACUCUUGUUACUGCCCAGAAGCGACACCAGACUCGACUGUUUCUUGAGAAUGAGAGGGAUGGGGGUGCAUCUGGUAACGUGCCUCCAGGAACAGUUAUAGAUACAACAAUUUGUCAUCCUUUUCAAUUUGAUUUCUAUCUUUGCAGCUGUUAUGGAACCCUCGGGACAAGCAAGCCGACGCACUACUGUGUCCUCUGGGAUGAGCACAAAUUUACGUCUGACCAAUUACAGAAGCUCACAUAUCACUUGUGCUUCACCUUUGCACGAUGCACCAAGCCUGUCUCGCUUGUCCCUCCAGUUUACUAUGCUGACCUUGUUGCGUUCAGGGGACGUGAAUAUCAAGAGGUGGCAGUGGAGUUGCAGUCUCAUGCUUCAGCCGCAUCUUCAUCCUCUGGUUCACCAUCAUCAUCUUCGACUUCAGCUGCUUCAUUUGAUGAGAGGUUCUACAAACUUCACCCAGACCUUGAGAACGAGAUGUUUUUCAUUUGAGCGGCCAAACAUGGUCGUCUAAAUUUCCUUCACCGUUGAGCUAUUCUCUAUAUCGUUCGCUGCUGGAAAUGCCCAAAUGCCACUCAAAUCUCCUUUCCUAACAGCACUAAUGAAGGAGUUUGUGCGUGAAUCUAAUGGGGUUUCAAGUCCAUUUGCUGCCUGUUUGCAUGGUUCUUAAAGCCAUGUAGAACUAGAGGCAUAUGGUUAAGUACUAUUUUCAAUUUCAUUUUGUGUGGAUGUUUGUUUGGUUUCCUGGUUACCUGUCAUGUUGGUAAAACAUGAGUAUAGUCAGUUGGGUUUGAUGUGUGUUUGUGUGUGUUGAUCAAGCUAUGGAGAAUGUAAUAUUUACAAAUAAAUAAAGGACUUGAUGUUUGAGUAAGUUUCUAAUUUGAACUGAAUUUGAAUGUACAUGUCUUUUGGAUUCUUCAAUUAUAUGCCCAAAUCUAUAUGUGCUUAUGCCUACAACUGAAGUUCUUAAUGCUGAUUCUUUGGGUUCAAUAAUGUUCUAUUAGAAAGCUGGUGCACAAAGAAGAUGAGUAGGGGACUGGGUGCUUUGUAAAUAAAUCAUGCAACUUGAGAUUGUUUUAGUGGAAAUGG